AUGGACCCCGACAUACCUGCUCCCUCAAUAGAAGAGGACUCGCUGCCGCGGCGCGACAACAAAAGUGCCCUACAACCAUUCGCGUCGCCUGCAAUCAGAGUGAAUCACCACGACCCGAUUCACCACCAUGCUGCUGCGAAUGUGCCCCUUCCGCCCUCCUCGCCCAUGCGAACCCCAUAUCGAAGUCCUUCGGUGACCAACUCGAAAACCAAAUCCUCCUCCCCGCGCACCCCUUCGCGUUCUCCCUCUGUCGCAAGUACGUAUCGCGACGACAGAAGACAAUCGACCCCUGUUCUUGUCAGCAAACGAUCAACUUCCAGCCUCAGUACUGCAAGACGAGCAACCCCAGCGUUCCGGCGUGCAUCUUCCAACCUCAACCCGGCUUCUCCUGUUCUGUCAGAUGGAAAGAUGGCGCUGCCACAAGAGCGGCCUCCACUGACGCCUAGUUCAGUCGCAAAGGAAUAUUUCGCAAAAGAACUAGAAGCGCAUGCUUCUCUACAAUCGCCAUUGACCGUCAUAGUCCAUGACGCAUGCUAUGGCCAUCGCUUCUCUCGUCCACGUGCUACCAAGACUGCUUUGGCCACAAUUGUUGAAAGACCAGAGAGAAUCCACGCCACACUGCUGGGCGCUUCGACUGCCUAUGUGCGCUUAGGAGGUCGACAUGCCGAAGGAAAGCAUGCUCCCCAACCUAAACAUCAGCCUCAACACGUGCGAGACAUCCCAUUCCAGAUACGUAAGACCUUUCGCAACAUGCCGCUCACACAUCCGUCGGUGGCAUUUGUGCAUGGCACCAAGUGGAUGGAAGAGUUGCAAAUCAUGUGCGAUACAGCAGAGGGGAAACUCGCGAUGAAUGGUAAAGAGUUAGUCCGUCCCAUUGGCUAUGGAAAAGACGAGAAUGGCAGCCCUCUACCUAAACUGCACGAAGGCGAUCUAUACUUGUGCAAGGAGUCACUCGCGGCUUUCCAAGGCUGCCUUGGUGGUGUUUGUGAGGCAGUCGAUACUGUUUUCUCUUCGGACACUACGAGGCGAGCAUUUGUCUGUAUCCGCCCUCCAGGACAUCAUUGUUCCUCGAAUUUCCCAUCCGGUUUCUGUUGGCUCAAUAACGUCCACGUCGGGAUUGCCUAUGCAGCCAUGACACACGGCCUCACUCACGCAGCAAUCAUAGAUUUCGACUUGCAUCAUGGUGAUGGCUCUCAGAACAUUGCGUGGGCCCAGAAUCAUAAAGCUCAUACUGCGGCCAAAAAUGCGGCGCCACACAAGAAGACACCCAUAGGCUAUUACAGUCUCCACGACAUCAACUCAUAUCCUUGCGAAUGGGGCGACGAGGAGAAGGUUCAGAAAGCGAGUCUGUGCAUUGAAAAUGCCCAUGGCCAGUCCAUUUGGAAUGUCCAUCUUGAGCCGUGGAAAUCUCUGGAGGAGUUCUGGCAACUUUAUGAGUCAAAGUACACGAUCCUUCUUGACAAAGCCAGGAUCUUCCUGCGCCAUCAUACUGCCAGGCUUCGUGCUGGAGGAAACCAGUUACCUAAAGCGGCCAUAUUCAUUUCUGCUGGUUUCGAUGCCAGUGAAUGGGAAGGUGCCGGGAUGCAAAGACACAGUGUCAAUGUGCCGACAGAAUUUUACGCUCGAUUCACUGCCGACAUUGUGAAGCUGGCUCAUGAAGAAGACCUCGGUGUUGAUGGCCGGGUGAUCAGUGUGCUCGAAGGAGGGUACAGCGAUCGCGCGUUGACUUCCGGAGUGUUGAGCCAUAUUUGUGGCUUUUCUGGGAACCUCGAGGGCGCCAACGGCCAUGGACCAUUGAUUCCAGGCGACAAUAAAUAUCUGACAAUCAACAACUGGAUCGCAGAAUCGGUCAACAACUCGUAUCUUCCGGACUGGUGGACUCUCCAAAAUCUGGAAGAGCUGGAGGCAGUCGUUGCUGGUCGGCAACCUCCAACAGCAAAAUCACUAAAGGAAAAGACUGGGAAUUAUUCGUCGCCCACACAAGCAUCGACCCUGAAGAUGACUGAUCAUGCUAGAGAGCGACACUCCCUCUCUGCACUUCAAGCUAGAAUGGGAUCCGAGUCGGAAUAUACACCUCCUCCACCUGAUGUUGACUGGGCUGUUGCAUCUUACGAGCUGUCUCGAAUUAUUGUUCCCGGAGAUCGGCAAACCCAGAGCUGCACUCAUGAGGAGCUCAAUGCAGAGGCAGCCAGAGCUAGACGAGAGCGGCAAUCCACAGUAGGUGUCCUGACUGGUCCAGAGGAGCGAAUGCAACUUCGAGAUCGCAAAGCGAAGCUUCCACCACCCCCGCCGAUUCCUUCUGCUAGGGUUGCUUCACGUAAUGAAGGCCGGCGGACUACUAUAGCGGCUAUCAGUGACCUCCCAGAUCCUACCAUGCAAGGUGUCGAGAACGGCAUGACCCGCCCACGUAGAAGAUCCAGCGAUGCAUCAAGUAUCUUGUCAAGCUUCCAGAACAUGAAGUUGUCCGAAGCAGGAGCUCCUGAUACUAGCAUGCCAUCGGAUCAUGUCACAAGUUCCAGAGCAACAGCCGUUGUGGCCGAAAAACCAGCAAAAGCUGUUGCGGUGAAGAAAACAAGGGCACCUGCAAUAGCGAAAGCCACGGCGAGACCCAAAACGAGCCCUCGAAAACCGAAGGCGAUGCCACCACCUAAUGGUACCGCCAACAGUGGCGUCCUCUCCUCUAAGCCUUCGGUAAUCAGCGAAACCAAAACGCUGGGCGGAGGAGUAAAGAGGGAGCCCUCAAAUCCUUCCCGAAGUGGUAGUGCUGAAGAAGUUGACGCACUGACUAACGGAGUCAAGAAGAUCAGCAUCCGAUUGAACAUGGCCACAGCUGAGAAAAAUGCAGCUAAGGAACAGCAGCGAGUAGGGGACGAAAAGCAAAAGAAACCCCGUGCUCCCAGGAAACCAACAGUGCCGAAGACCAUCAAGUCAACAAAGCUGGGUGCCACUACUGCUCCUGGAAGCUCUUCGCCUGUGGAUGUGCAAACAGUGAAACUGGAAGAGAAGAUUGCAACUCAGCCCGCGCCACUUGCGUUAGUUUCUGCCAAACAGAGACCACAAGGCUUCACCCCACCAUCAGCUUUACAACCUGAAUCGAACGUUAGCACUUCUCUUUCAAAUGAUCUAAGCUCACAAGCUUCUACCUCGUGGUCACAGAGCACCCAUCUUCCCGACAUACAGCAGACGGUUGCCACAACCAGUGUCCCGCUACAAGAAAAGACUAUGACUCCUGGACAAGCCAUGGCUGUACCAGUUGUCCCUGUACACCAAAUUUCGAAUGAUCCAAAACCUUUUGCACACUUUCAGACUGCUACAGAGCAGCCUCCAGCCCCCGUGUACCAAAUAAUGCAGACCAGUGCGGAAGCACAUCCAUCGAGACCAACUUCAGCUGGACUGAGCACGCCUCGACACACGAAGCAAGAUCUUCCAGUCUUUACCUCAUCAUCGCCGAUCCCUUUCGCAGCAGCAGCACCACCACUACCACCAGCACCAAACACAAGAGCCGACUCUGCCACAAUGAAGGAACCGAAGGACGGUUAG